AUGGCUUCGACUUUCUGGCAAAAGAAUUGGCUUCGCUGUGUCUCCAAUACUGUUGAGGAUAAGAUCAGCGAGAACAACCGGAAGCACAUCUGUGCUGGAGUUGCUGGCUUCGCGGCCUUGAUCCCCGGCGGCGUGGCCAUGAUUCUAGACAGCAGCACAGCGUGUGCUGAAGCGAAGUCGGGCAGAGCAGUUGCAUGCAAAACAGUCGUUUUGAUCACCGGCGUUGGUUUGCGUGCUUUCACAACCACCGAGGCGAACAACUUCUGCUACGACUACCUAACCUCCAAUGACAAGCAAUGCGCCAGCUAG